CAACCACAGACGGUGGAAAAUCGAACGGCGACUGUCCGACUACUCGAUCCAGCUUGCCGGCCGACUCGUGAAAUUGCUCACGGUCCACCCAUAACCUUAUAACCUAUCUCGGGACGACCAAUUGCCGGACGGGUGACGCGCACUCGAGCUCGACCUGUGUUUCGACCGCCAGAUAUAUACAGUAUCAAGUGGGGGGCUUUUUUUACGGAUUGUAUAACUACGAAGAAGACACAAGCCCAGCAACAAUGGCAGACUCGAAAGCGUUGGUGAAGAAGGCGGGCGACAAUGGGGAGGAGGAGUACGCGAUCAAGCCGCAGAGCACGGUCCCCACGAUCGAUACCAGCACCUGGCCGCUCCUGCUCAAGAACUACGACAAGAUGCUAGUGCGCUCCGGUCACUUUACGCCCAUCCCCAACGGUUCCUCGCCCUACAAGCGCGAUAUCAAGUCCUACAUCUCCAGCGGUGUCAUCAACCUCGACAAGCCGUCGAACCCCUCUUCGCACGAAGUCGUUGCUUGGCUGAAGCGGAUUCUCCGUGUGGAGAAAACUGGUCACUCUGGCACCCUCGAUCCCAAAGUCACUGGCUGCUUGAUUGUCUGCAUUGACCGCGCCACCCGUCUCGUCAAGGCCCAGCAGGGUGCCGGUAAGGAGUACGUUUGCGUCAUCCGCUUCCACGACACCGUCCCGGGCGGCGAAGCCGCCUUUGCCAAGGCCCUCGAGAUUCUCACGGGUGCCCUCUUCCAGCGCCCGCCGCUCAUCUCGGCCGUCAAGCGCCAGCUGCGUAUCCGCACGAUCCACGAGAGCAAGCUGAUCGAGUUCGACAACGACCGCCAUCUGGGCGUCUUCUGGGUUUCUUGCGAGGCCGGCACCUACAUCCGUACCCUCUGCGUGCACCUGGGCCUGCUGCUCGGCGUCGGCGCGCACAUGCAGGAGCUCCGCCGCGUGCGGUCCGGAGUCAUGUCGGAGGACGACGGCACGAUGGUCACGUUGCACGACGUGCUCGACGCCCAGUGGCAGUACGACAAUGGUGGCGAUGAGACGCUGCUGCGCAAGGUCAUCCAGCCACUCGAGACGCUGCUCUGCACGUACAAGCGCCUCGUGGUCAAGGACUCGGCCGUCAACGCCGUCUGCUACGGCGCCAAGCUGAUGCUGCCCGGCCUGCUGCGGUACGAUCCCGGCAUCGAGGCCCAUGAGGAGGUCGUCCUCAUGACGACCAAGGGCGAGGCCAUUGCCAUUGGCAUCGCCCAAAUGAGCACGGUUGAGAUGACCACAUGUGACCACGGCGUUGUCGCCAAGGUCAAGCGCUGCAUCAUGGAGCGCGAUCUCUACCCCCGCCGCUGGGGCCUGGGUCCCGUCGCCAUGGAGAAGAAGAAGCUCAAGGCUGACGGCAAGCUGGACAAGUACGGCCGCCCCAACGAGGCCACGCCGGCCAAGUGGACGCAGAGCUACACCGACUACAGCGCGCCCGACGUUGCGGCGGCCGCCAGCAGUGCUGCCCCUGCUGCCGCCGACGCACCGGCAGCCGAGGCCGCCUCGCCCGAGAAGAAGGCCGAGUCCGCGCCGGAGGAGAGGGCGGACGAGGAGAAGAAGAAGCGCAAGAAGCACGAGGGCGAGACGCCCGAGGAGAAGGCAGAGCGGAAACGGCUAAAGAAGGAGAAGAAGGAGAAGAAGAAGGCCGAGAAGAGCAAGGAGAGCAAGGAGGCCGAAGAGAGUGAUUAAGGCCCGGUGAAGGGUUGAGGGUUGCUUCGCUGUAUGAGUUUGGGUUUGGUUCCUUCUUCACGCUACUGGAUGGAGGGGGGCGUUCUUGCUGGCUGGCUGGCUGGCUGCGGCUGUUGCACGGAAAAAAAGAAAAAGCGUGAUGGCGUUUUCGGCUUGUAUGUUACGUCUUGCUUACGGUGUGUGGAUCUCAACCUGUUAAUAUUCCAAA